UAUGUUUCAGUGGCAUACUUAAAAUUAAAGGCUUAUAACUCAACAUAAGUGUUUGGUAUCAUUGUAAAGAGAACAUUUUCACAUUUUUUUAAUGAUUAUGAUACAUGUGCUGAGUGACUCCAGCCUGGUUUCCUAAGCAACCAAAUUGGCCUAGUUGCUAGAGAGGGCAGAGUCACAUGGGGUAACCUCCUCGUGGUCGCGAUUAGUGGUUCUCACUCGUGGUAAGUUGUGCGUGGAUCACGGAGAGUAGCAUGAGCCUCCACGUGCUGUGAGUCUCUGCGGUGUCAUGCACAAUGAGCCAUGUGAUAAGAUGCGUGGAUUGACAGUCUCAGAAGCGGAGGCAAUUGAGACUUGUCCUCCACUACCCGUAUUGAGGUGAGUAACCGCGCCACCACGAGGACCUACUAAAGUAGUGGGAAUUGGGCAUUCCAACAUUGGGAGAAACUGCUGAAAAAUCACAAACUUAUUUUUGAUUUGACAUUAUAUAGCUCUGGGGGAAAAUAAGGUGGCUCUGAAUAACUGCUUUUGUUUUGUUCCCAAUCAUGUCAACUGUAACAGAAAAAUGUUUUUGAUAGGACAAAGCAGUCAAAUGUUAUAGCAUUACAAAUGUUUUUUAUCCUAGUGUCCAAAUCCUCUCCAAACAAAUAAAACAUAAUAGUUGUACAUAAGAACUAAUUACACAUGCAAAAACAACAAUGAUUAAAGGUUUUCAUAGCAUGCAGACAUGAUUUUAAUAAUGAGAUUUCACAGAGUGAGUUCCAUUCUGUGCCAUUUAAGUCAUUAUUGAGUCUCCUGAUGGCCAUAUGUAACAGUCACCAAUCACAUGUCUUUCUGCCCAAAUAUGGAUGAUUGUUGCACCGAUCUGAAUCCGAUUGUUUUAGUGUUCCAUAACACUGACGUCAUCUGAUCCAGGAAAGCAAACGUGUUUUCAGCCAGAUUGCAAGAUGCCAGAUAGCCAGAUGCACAUUGUGCUUCAUGUGGAAAAUCUAAUGAUCUAUGCAUCCCAUUACCUUGUGUGUGGGCUCGUUUGAAAGAAAAUCACCUCUUCUAAGUAAUGAUGAAAAGGAGAGAUUUGACCCUACUCAGUUUCAAGAAAGUAUUGUUCAAGGCUUGAACCAAACUGGCACUGAUUUGGAAGCGGUUGCAAAGUUCCUUGAUGCCUCUGGUGCCAAACUCGACUACCGCCGGUAUGCUGAGACUCUCUUUGACAUCCUGGUGGCUGGAGGAAUGCUGGCACCAGGUGGUACUCUAUCUGAUGACAUGACUCGUACUGAGUUCUGCCUCUUCACGGCAAGUGAAGACCUGGAGACCAUGCAGGCUUAUGCUCAGGUUUUUAACAAGCUGAUCAGGCGUUACAAGUACCUGGAGAAAGGGUUUGAAGAAGAGAUUAAGAAGCUGCUGCUGUUUUUAAAAGGGUUCACUGAGUCCGAGAGGAAUAAGUUGGCCAUGCUUACUGGGAUCCUGCUGGCCAAUGGCAAUAUAUCAGCUUCCAUCCUGAGCAGCCUCUUUAAUGAGAACUUGGUAAAGGAAGGUGUGUCCGCCGCCUUCGCUGUGAAACUGUUCAAAUCUUGGAUCAAUGAAAAAGACAUCAACUCAGUAGCUGCUAGCCUGCGUAAAGUUGGCAUGGACAACAGGUUGAUGGAGCUGUUUCCUGCCAACAAGCGUAGCUGCGAACACUUCUCGAAAUAUUUCACCGACGCUGGGCUGAAGGAGCUCUCGGACUUUGCUCGUAAUCAGCAGUCCAUUGGAGCCCGCAAAGAGCUUCAGAAAGAACUGCAGGAGCAGAUGUCCCGUGGCGAGACCCUCAAAGACAUCAUUGCCUACGUUCGCGAGGAGAUGAAGAAAACGAGCAUCUCGGAGCAGACCAUGAUCGGCAUCGUGUGGACUAGCCUCAUGAGCUGUGUCGAGUGGAAUAAAAAGGAGGAGCUCGUCACUGAGCAAGCCAUCAAACACUUGAAGCAAUACAGCCCACUGCUGAAGGCCUUCACCUCCCAGGGCCUGUCUGAGCUCACCCUCCUGCUUAAGAUCCAGGAGUACUGCUACGACAAUAUCCAUUUCAUGAAGGCCUUCCAGAAGAUCGUGGUGCUUCUUUACAAAGCUGAUGUUUUAAGCGAGGAGGUUAUUUUGAAGUGGUACACAGAAGCCCACAUGGCCAAAGGAAAGAGCGUCUUCCUCGAGCAGAUGAAGAAGUUUGUAGAAUGGCUGAAGAACGCCGAGGAGGAGUCCGAAUCGGAGGAAGAGGAGGGAGACUAAAUAACCAUGUCAGCAGAAUGUUUUGUUACAAAAGUGCUUGUCUUAUUUUUUUCCCCCUUUUUAAAAAAAAAAAUUUUGACUUUUUUUUUUUAUUUUUUUUUUAUUUUAUUCUACCUCCUGUUUUUUCAAACCAUAACAUUUAGAUGUCAUUUAAGGGCUUUAUAUAACAAAUGGUUCAUUUUAACAUAUUUUUCUAAUAUUAAGGUUUACACUUAAAAUAGCACAAGUUGUGGUCAAUCUUUACUCACUCAAGGAACUUUUAAGUGUUGACACAGUUAAAUUAUUAUUAUUAUUAUUAUUGUUAUAGUGAUUCCUUUAAGAAUUGACAUUCCAUUGAAUUUAAAUCAGGCUGCCUUGUUUGCUUUAAAGACGCCCUUUUCUAUAUUGUACUGAUGCCUUCAUGCCCCAUUAUGACCAUUGUCCAGAAAGGGAAAGAGACAUGUCUCAUCGUGAUGUUAUUGCCAAAGGUUUAAUCCUGCUUUCACUAUAUCCAUCAGCGUUCUGUUCCCAGCCUAUGAAACUGUAAAGCGCUGACAACGAAUUGCUUAUCAUCCUGUUAAGACCCUUAAAUGACUCCAGACCUCUCCUUCAUGAUGUAUCUCCAUCUUACAUCACCAGUUUCUUUAAUCUGAAUAACUAAUUGACUUUUUUUAAGAAAUAAAAGUUAUAAGUAUA